AUGUCACUAAAUGACAUUCUGAAGAAGCCAGAUGUUUUAUUACGUCUCAAAAAACACCCAGAAACAUUUAGGUUUACAGAGCCAGUGUCGUUGGUGGUGACAGGUGGCCACUGGCCUCCGCACCUGCUGAUAACGGAGGGCGAGGAAAGAGGCAGCUUCACGGUGGAGGGGCCCAUGUUCAGCCUGCUGGAGACGCUGGCGGAGGCUAUGAACUUUUCUUACACGCUCACCCGCCCCCCGGACGGGUACUGGGGCGCCCCCCUCGAGAACGGCUCCUGGACCGGCAUGGUGGGCCAAAUAUACAGGAAGGAGGCCGACCUGGCUCUGGGCCCCUUCGCCCUGACGGAGGCGCGCGCCGAGGCCGCCGACAUGACGAAGGCCGUGUUCUUCGACAAGCUGUGCAUCAUCGCGGGGCGGGGGCGGCCCGAGAGCGACCCCUGGGGCUUCCUUCUGCCCCUAACGCCCUCGGUGUGGCUGGCGCUCCUGCUGGCGAUGCUGCUCACAUGCGCGUCCUUCACGGCCCUGGGCGAGAGGAGCGCCGACGGAACGGGCCUCCUGAGGGCGCUCGGGGUCCUCUUCAUGCACGUCCGCGCCCUCCUGCAGCAAGGUCUGCGGAGCGACGUGCGCCCCGCCCGCGCCCGUCUGGUGGUGGGCGGCUGGCUCCUGGCGGCGAUGCUGGUCACGUGGAGCUACAGCGGCAACCUGGCCUCCCUCCUGACGGUGCGGCACUUGGCUCAGCCGAUCCAGGAGCUGAGGGACGUCGUCGAGAGCGAAGACACGGUCGUCAUUAUGGAGCCAGACACGGCCUUCACGGAACUCUUUGCUAAAACCGAAUCAGCCAUACUGAGGCAAAUCGACGCCUUCAAGCACAUCAACCGUAUGAAGUAUUUCCCUUUCGAAUAUUUUUACGACUUAAUGGACGUGGAGGUGAGACGCGGGGAUGACGUCAUCAUCACCACCGUUGUAUCAGCUGACCUUCUCUUCGCUGAAUUCUUCACAAAUACAGGUGAUGUCUUCAUAAUACUUCGUAAUACUGAUGGUUAUGGUAGUGAUAGGAUAUAA